AAAUCACUGAAAUGAAUAUCUUCUCUAGUCAAUACAAACAACACUCUUCUCUGCUAUCUGAACUGGAAGAUAUGCAGAAUCUCUUAGAGAGUUUACUCAAAGUAGUAAGAAAAGCAGCUGAGAUCACUGAAUCAGAAUCAAAGCUCUGUAUGUGUACAAGAAUUCUAAACAAAAUCAAGGUCUUGCAUAUUAUUAUUAUUAUUAUUAUUCUUCCAUUAUACUCAUAUGCAAGCGGAGCUUAUGAUGAGUCCUUGCGUGAUGUUAAAUACAGGUCAAGUGUUGGUUAUACAGGAGGAAAUACAGGU